CCAACAUAAACAAAAUAGAGCAAAUAAAGAAAACAUAUUCGAAAAUAAAUUUAACACGCUACCUUGAAAUAGAAACGAUGACAAAAUUAUGACUUUUCAUGGUAAAUACAAAUGGCCAUGUGGUUAAGAUAGUACGGUUUUUGUGUAUCCAAGUAAUUGACAAGUGUGAUGCAGGACAUUCUGAUGGAUAAAAUGUAGAAAAAAAAAGAAUUUUGAUUGUCAAGAAAUGUGGGAGUUCCAUGUCUAAUUAUAGCUAGGUGAUCUGCAUAAAAUAAAAUAAAAAAUCCUCACAAUUCAUUUUUCUUUCCAUUUGCGAAUUGAAUAAAUAGUGAUCCCGAAAGACAAUUUUUUUUUAUCUUGCCUUAAAUUAAAUAUAGAUAUGACAUCCUUAAUAAAUCUUCCUACUGAAAUACUGACACAGAUAUACCAAUACUUAGUCAGAGAAACAGUUUUUGAAUGCGCAUUGGUUUGCAGGUCGAUGAAGGCGUCGGCCUUGGGGAUAUACUAUACAGAAGUAUCACUUGAUUCUGUCGAAUCAUCCAACCUACUUAAUUCAAGAUUAUCUCAAGGCCAAGCUUUAUCCCAUGUUCUAUCUGUGAAAAAGUUAAAUAUAAGCUAUGAUGCGAAUAUACAGGACAUUUUUCCAUUCGUAUUGGCUGGACUUUUCAGAAACGUCACCUCCAUCGAUUUCAGCAAAUCCCAUUUAUGUUAUCAGUACAUGUCAUCUCUAGCCUUUGACUUUUCAUUGUCAUGUCAAUCUAUGAAACUACAAGAAAUCGCUCCACCUUCAACCGAGGCACCUCAAGAUUUAAUAUCAUUGUAUUACCAAGCAUGUUUUACAUUUCGACACACAUUGAGACGCUAUUAUACUGACUGCUUCGUUUAUAUGCCCGACCAUCCUCAAUUCACUCUUUGGAAUACACUUCCUAAUUUUGCAAAACUUACCCAUUUGGCCAUCAAAAAUAGUCGACAGCUUCCUGGUACCACCUCCGAUCUAUUCCUCUUGAUCCGCUUUUGUCCAAACCUUAUCAGUUUUAAAUUAGUCAGUGAAUCAGCUCCUAUGUUUACCACACCCGCACCUCUGGAUUAUCCCAAUACCAGUCUAAAGACACUCGAUUUACAAUUCCCCAGCAUGUCAAGUUCGUAUUUCGACUACUUCGUGACUCACCUGGCAAGUUACCACAGACUUGAAACACUCAAUUUGCACCUGUACGAACAAUUUAUCUAUCACUGGAUUCAAGACAACGAUCUAAAUAUCUUGCUCCAAUUUGCCAGUAUCUUGACAAGGUCGACACAAUCAGUCAAUAUCCAAAUGUCAUCCUUUAACGAUCCAAAAGUAAUAUAUAAAGUGACGGAAACACCCAUCAUCAGAGAAACCAUGCGUCGUUAUUGGAUAUUUAUUCAUGCCUUGAAACAAGACCGUAUUUUACAUUCUGUUAUCGCCACGCAUCAAGAUGAAUACAGUUAUACCAGUCAUUCAGUCCAGAUGAUGCAAACUGCACUGUGUUUAACUGAAACCGGGUAUCAAGUGUGGCCUUAUGUAGAUUAUAAGGUGUAUCUGUCCUCUGGCAAACAAUCCAAUCAUGGUCCACAUAUUGUUGAUUCUUUAUAUGUCAAAGGUGUACGGCCUGAAAAAGCCAUUACCACUCUACGCUACGUAUUGACAAAUUACACUGGACUCCAAUAUUUGUCCAUCUGCCUCGAAGAGAAAUAUCAUAAGGAGUCUACGUUUUUUGCUUUGGAUUCAAAUGGUGGUUCCAGAUUAUCCAAGGUGACGUUGCAUUACUGUAAAGCGCUGAGUGAUAGCAUCUUGGAUACCAUAGCCGAAUUUUUAUCAAAUAUUUCUGAAAUAGUGUGGACGGAGCAGUCCUUGAAGAGUUGUGGGCAAUUUAACACACCUUUAUUCAAGCAUUUGAAGAAACUGACGGUGAAUUUCACAGAACGGGUCAUGUUCCAAAAAACCUGGUGUUUAUACCUCAUGGUUCAUUUUGGUAAAAAGAAGCCGUCGAUAUUUAAGAGCGCAAACCUUGAAGGGUGGUCGACAAAGCCAUUGUACAACUUUUCACCCUCGUCCGCAAUAGAAAUGAGUAGCCAUUUUCAUGAAUCACCUCAAAGUCCCAUAUUGCCCACCAUGCUCACUGUGAAUGCCGAAGUGCUAGAAAAAUUAGUCCUUGCUGAUAAUGGAACGAUUAUAGAAACCCUUAGAUUCUGAUAGGGCUUAGCUUUUUAGAAAUAAAAUAAAUAUUUAUUGGUCACUAAGACAAAAAGGAAACAUAGAAACAAACAUGGGAAACAUAGAAAUAUUAAGGAAAAGAUUGUUUUUUUAUUGAUAAUAAAAAGAGGGCUCAAAGAGAAAGAAAAACUCGUUCAGUUCUCGAAUAGUGAUUAUUCGAUUAACAGGACU